AAUGAGUUGAAUCAAAACCCUGAUUUUAAAGUAUGCAACCAUGUUUAAACGGAGGAUUGUGAGGUGCGCGUAUGCCUUUCCUCACUCCUAAACCGAACCCCCGAAUCCCGAUCUCUGCGCAGACCCAUUUUAGGUGACUUGUCCCACCUUAUAAUUUGGAUGAGUGGCGACUCCAUUUUCUUUUAUAUUUUCACCUGAUCCCAUUUUUAAGUGGUCGUCAACAGAUUGGCGACUCCAUUGGGGCAAGAACCUAGAAUCUCUGGUUUCCAUAUUCUGGGUUCACAUGGGUCGAGCUAAUACUUUAACCUUGGGGAAUUUUUAACCUUUGAUUUUUUUUGUGUUUGUUGAGUCUUUGUGGGUCUUUGUUAUUUAUUGUAUGUGCUUGUCGUGUGUUGCUUGUUGUUUGUUUUGCCUUUGAGUAGUUAUCUUGCUACAUCUUGACAUGCAUCAUACCUUGCUAACAUGUCCAUGCAUCAUACCUUGCUAACAUGUCCAUGCAUCAUACCUUGCUAACAUGUCCAUGCAUCAUACCUUGCUAACAUGUCCAUGCAUCAUAUCAUCUCACAUGCUCAUCCAUCAUCGAUAUAACAUGCUUAUUCAUCAUGCAUCAUGCCUAUAUGCCUAUUUGCUUUUGUGUGGAUAUACUCACCUUUUGCACUUGGCUAUGGAGUACUCAGUGAGUCUCUUCCCUCUUGUGCGAUUAUUUACAUCUUUUUGCAUGCUAAGUGUUGGUUGCUUUGUGUUACUAACCUUUUGCAUUUGGCAUGGGAGUACUAGGUGAGUCCCUUCCUGCUGUGUAAGUAGGUUUGUUUGUGGGUGAUAUAUUUGGUAAGUGUUUUAUAUGCUUUAUUCGAUUGUUGUGGGAUAUAUGUUGCUAUUUUUGUGGUUGCUACUGUGCAGGUUAUUGGAGUGUCAUGCCCCUUGCACACACUCACUCUCAUGUUGCAUUAGGUACGUGUCGGAGGUGAACCUGACCUCUAGUCUGGAAUCCUUACGAAUCUGGCUUGAAAGAGCAAUUCUUCCCGCUUUGAGGAGUAAGAUCGGUUCUCGUUAGGUUGUUUCCAUUGGUUAAUACGACACUUGAUGAUGUAAUAUCGUCCUGUGUAUUAGCUUUUGGAAAUAUCUCCCGUUGAUUCCGAAAGGAUAAAUGGUUGAGAAAGCCUAAUGCCCUUUAGGAAAACAUGUAUUGACCUUAGAGAGAUACCAACCCUAAGACAUGUUUCCCUUAGCAUCCCACCCGUGAGGUUAGGAAUCUCGUGUCUAAGACACAAAAGGGGGCAUUUUACUUCACUUUGUCUUUGCAUAUGAUAGGUUUUCAUUUACAUUCGAGGUAUGAUUAGUUAUUCAUCUUUUGCAUUUAAACAUCAUUCUUGAGGUUAGGUACAUUCCAUGCACUUUGUAUCUUCAUUUUCAACCCCAUGCAAAAAAAAAAAAAAAAAAUUUUCAUGAUUGUUUCACAUGCCAUAUAUCCAUCCUACUCAUUUCACAUUAAAUCUUCCAUAUGUCUUGCAAAUUUCAUGUCAUAUGUCCAUUGCAUUGCAUUUU